AUGGGAUCUAAUGACACCAAGCCCAAGAUUCUUCUCCUAGGAGAGAUUGCCCACGCGCAAAAGUCAUGGGAAGCACUGAGUGAAUUGGGUGAGCUAGUUCAGCCAACCGCGAAGAACCGCACAGAGUUCCUCCAAGAAUGUCGCGACGGAAAGCUUGAUGGAGUUGUGGCGGCCUAUCGUACUUUCGCCUCAGCCAAGGUGACUGGCCCUAUCGACGAAGAGCUUGUGAACGUGCUGCCAAAAUCCCUAGAGUAUCUUGCGCAUUGUGGAGCUGGCUACGACUCAGUCGAUGUCCAUGCAUGCAGCGCUCGCAGUCCUCCUAUUCAUGUCUCGAAUGUCCCCACCGCGGUAGAUGAUGCCACCGCCGACACGACAAUGUUCCUCAUCAUUGGAGCCCUACGAAAUUUCAACAUUGGUAUGCAGGCUUUACGUGAGGGUAAAUGGAUUGGGAAGCCUGCCCCAGCCCUUGGCCAUGAUCCUGAAGGCAAGGUAUUGGGUAUUUUGGGUAUGGGAGGCAUCGGACGCAAUUUGAAGAAGAAGGCCGAAGCAUUUGGAAUGAAGGUGGUUUAUCACAAUCGCCGCCCAUUGAACGAUGAACUCUCAGGCGGAGCUCAAUAUGUGACUUUUGAUGAGUUGCUGUCGACCAGCGACGUGCUAAGCCUGAACCUUCCUUUGAAUAAAAACACCCAUCAUAUCAUUGGCAAAGCCGAGUUUGCUAAGAUGAAGGAUGGGGUUGUUGUCGUGAACUCUGCUCGCGGCGCUGUCAUGGAUGAGGCGGCCCUUGUGGAAGCCCUGGAUAGUGGCAAGGUUCUUUCUGCCGGCCUCGAUGUAUUCGAGGAAGAGCCUAAGGUCCAUCCUGGCCUCAUCCGCAACCCAAAUGUUAUGCUCGUGCCUCAUAUGGGUACUUAUACCGUCGAGACCAUGGCCGCAAUGGAAGAGUGGGCGAUUGCAAAUGUUCGCCUUGGUAUUGAGACAGGGAAGCUCAAGAGCCCGUCGGGCUCGGUGGUCUACUUUGCGCCAACCACAACAAUCACCCACAGAAAGUCUGCCAUGGCCGAAUACUGGAAGUCAGCGCCCCGCCACUGGUGCAAGCAGUGCAAGAUCUUUAUUCGCGACACGCCCUUCGAAAAGACCCAACAUGAAGCUAGCCCGAAACACCAAGGCAGCCUAAAGCGGUUUUUACGGGAUAUCCACAAGAAUAACGAAAUUCAACAAAGAGAAAGCCAACGGGCGAAGAGCGAAGUUGAAAGAUUACGACAGGCUGUCGGGGGCGGAUCCUCGACGGCUAAGGAUGCCUCCCCGACACACACAGCAGGGCCGGCACCAAAGCCUAGCGACAGAUCGGCCAGCUUAGAGGAUCGAAAGAAACAGAUGUCACAAUUGGCAGAAAUGGGUGUUGCAAUCCCCCAGGAGUACCGUGCGGAGAUGUCUUUAGUUGGCGAGUGGCAGACACUCUCAGAAACAAAUAUCGCCGCUGAAGGCCUCGAGGGAGCUAGCAAGUCCAUUGGAGUUCGCAAACGCAAACACGAGGGCGAUGGGGAAGAGGAAGAGGUCGACGAGCACGCUCCUGGGAAAACUACGAGCCUCGGCUGGGGUUCAAAAUUGAGGACAUACCCUGGAGAACAAGAUGAAGAAGACGACGAUCUAGAUGCCUUGUUAUCCUCUAACAAGGAAUUUAAAAGGCCUCAAAACACAUCUGCCGAUACUGAGCCCGAAGGGAAAAAGUUGAAACCUGCUGCCCUCGCAAAAGAGGAUGGGGUGUCAGAAUCGGCAGCUCCAGAGGCUGACAAGCCAUCAGACGUGAAGGCUGAAACGCCCGAGGUCGGUUCUGAGGCACCGAAGGACGAAAAGCCACCAGGUGAAGAGGCGACUGGGUUUGCUUUCAAGAAACGCAAGCCCAAGGUCAUGAGAAAAUGA